AUGGGGAGUAAGUAUAUAAAUAGCACAAUGGUUAAACGCCAGCGACAGAGUUCACUUCGAAGAGGAAGAGGAAUAGUAAAUUCUUUGAUAAACAAACUACCAAUUGAAUUACAUAUUCCUGGGUAUUCCUACUGUGGUCCUGGGACUCAACUUGAUAAGAGAUUACAAAGAGGUGAUAAAGGCAUAAACCAAUUAGACGCUGCUUGCAAAGAUCACGAUAUUGCAUAUUCACAAAGUAAAGAUCUCAUUACUAGACACCAAGCCGAUAAGAUAUUACAACAUAGAGCUUGGGAGAGGGCUAAUUCGAAAGACGCUAAAUUAGGAGAAAAAACAGCGGCUUGGUUUGUAACAACGGCGAUGAAAGAUGAAAAUACAGAUUAUGAAAUAGGAUUAGUCAGUUUCAAUAGUUUUACCACAAUUCCAAAUAUUGAUGAAAGCAAUAAUUUAUUUGUAUGGGGUGAUAAAAAUAAGCUAAAUGAAUUUAAAGUACCGGUUGGUGCUUAUGAGUUAGAUGAUCUUAUAAGUGUUUUAAAGAAACAUAUGAAUGAUAAAGAUAAAAAUGCUAAAAUAGAUAUAAUACCGGACAUAAAUACUUCAAAAAUUUCUAUUUCAAGUAAUCGUAUUAUUUCUUUUAAUAAUGCAAAUUCAAUCGCACAAGUGUUUGGUUUUGAUGUCCAAAGGCUUGAUCCUGGUAAAAUUUAUUCAUCAAAUCAUCCAGUUAAAAUUUUGAAAGUAAAUUCUAUAGGUAUUGACUGUAGUAUUGCGGCUGGUUCCUAUUUAAAUGGGAACCCUGUUCAUAUUAUCCACCAAUUUUUUCCGACAGUACCCAGCGGGUAUAAAAUAGUGGAAUCUUCUCAAAAUAUCUUGUAUUAUCCUGUCAGUGUCAAGACAAUCAACAACAUUACAGUAAAGAUUAUUGACCAGAGCGGUGGUCUCAUAAAUUUUCGAGAAGAAGAGAUUACGGUUACCCUUCACAUUAGAAAAGUAUAAAAUGGUUCUAUCAUUUUUUCAUCCACUUAAAAACUAUAAAAGAUUGUCCCUCCAGAACAGACAAAUCAGUUUUGCAAAACCCUUUGCAAUAAUAACACCCAUUAAUAAAAAAAUUUUAACUUCGUUAGGAUUUAAAGUAUUAAUAUAAUGGAAGUACUUCAUGUAACCGGGCAACCUUUUAAUGAUACAACUAUAGAUGAUUAUCAAUUUCAUACCUAUCAACCCUUCAUUACUGGAAAACUCAAUUAUAACGAUGAAAUUCGAAUCCCCAUUCAAGAUUUAGAUGCUUACACAUUGCCAUCAAAAAGUUAUUUGUAUAUUGAAGGAAAGUUGCUUACUGAUGCUGGAAAAGUACCAACUAAACUACAAUUUAUUAACAAUGCCAUAGCAUUUUUGUUUCGUGAACUCCGUUAUGAGCUAAACAGUGUCGUAAUAGAUUCUGUAAGAGAUGUAGGUCUUGUAUCGACCAUGAAAAAUUAUUUGAGUCUUAAUGAAAACGAAAGUGUACUAAUGCAAAAUGCUGGGUGGUUCCCUAAGGAAAUUAAAAAACUUGCGACAGAUUCUAAAGGUGUUGUAACAGUAGAGA